AGAAAAAAGUAAGCAUUUUUAUUUUAACAGAAAAACAGAAAGUCUACCUGGACUAGCUUAAGACGGCCGCCGUGAUCGUAAUUCCGAUCACUGCAAUUGCGUAGUCGGCUUGGUUGGCUGCUCAAACCUUUUCAAAUGGUUUGUCAAAAGCCUAAUCCUCAAUUCAAUUUAGUUCAAUUACUUGCUGUGACAUUCCAAACUAACGCAAAUUCAUCAUACAAUGUUUCUGAAGAUUGCUAGAAGUUAAGAACCAAAGCAUAGAGAUUAAAAUCAACGGGGAAAACAUGGUUUCAGAGAUGUCAAGUGCGGAUGGCGGCACAUCUGCGAGUUUGCAGCGCACUUUUAAAUACUUAUUAGCAACGCAGUUUCUGGCGAGGGGAAUCCCAUUCAUAUUCAACUCCUGGAUUGUCAGACACUUAUCUGAGGAAGAUUAUGCGGUUUAUGCCGUCCAGUUCCAUUUGUUUGUUACCUGCAUAUUGUUUCUUAGUAGAGAGGGAUUCCGGAGAGCAUGCAUGCGGGAAGAUAUCAAAUGUGAUGGAGCUUCAGCAACAGGAGCAAAUGCUGCUAAAAUUUUGAAAGUGGCCUGGAUAACUUUGCCUAUAGGAAUACUGGUUACACUUGGAGCAUGCAUAUUUGUAUUCUGGUGGCAAGAUCUAAGUUAUUCAAGUCCAUAUGGAUAUGCUAUCUUGAUUAAUGGUUUUGCAUGCAUUCUUGAGCUACUGGCAGAACCGUUUUAUAUUUUGUCCCAGACAUUGGUUCUUCUGAAAUUGCGGCUUCUUGUUGAAACUGCUGCCACACUUUCACGCUGUAUGAUAACAUAUAUUCUCAUCCUGAAGCAGCCAAGCCUGGAGAAAGCAAUUGUAUUUGCACUGUCACAGGUUGCAUAUGGAGCAUCUAUUUUCUUGGGUUACUGGGGCUACUUUCUUCUCUUUCAAGUCUAUAAAUCCUCCAUUCUCUUUCCAUUCAGGGUAGGAAAUACAACGAGUUAUGACCGUCCGCUUGCCAACAUGUGUAUGAUUUUUACUCUUCAAUCUUUCCGAAAGUUUAUUCUUCAGGAAGGUGAAAAGUUUAUCCUUGUUUGGUUGGAUACACCAUAUAACCAAGCAGUCUAUGGACUAGUCGACAAACUUGGAAGCUUAGUGGUGAGGUUGAUUUUUCUUCCAUUUGAAGAAAGUUCUUAUAUGACUUUUGCAAGGUCUGCCUCAGGGGAUCCCGAAAAAAAAGUGAAAAAUCUUGCGAGGAGUCUUACAGAUGCACUGAAGCUUGUUUUGCUAAUAGGUCUGGUGGUUAUUGCAUUUGGUCCGAGUUACUCCUACUCCCUCAUCAGAUUGCUGUAUGGCAGGAAAUGGAGUGACGGAGAAGCUUCUACAGCACUCCAAUAUUUUUGCCUCUACGUGAUAGUUAUAGCCAUGAAUGGAACAUCUGAAGCAUUUUUGCACGCAGUUGCAACAGAGAAUCAACUUAAACGAUCGAACGACGCAUUGCUAAUCUUCUCGUUGAUUUAUCUGGUCUUGAAUGUCUUACUUAUAAGAUCAGCAGGUGCAAUCGGCUUGAUAUUAGCAAAUUCCUUGAACAUGAUCUUCCGGAUAGUCUACUCAGCAAUUUUCAUCAGACAGUUUUUCAAGGAAUCCUCCUCCUUUUCCUUCAAAAGUUGUUUGCCUGGUGGGUACGAGUUUCUUCUGGUUUCAGGUUUUGCCACCUUCGUCUUUGAAAUGCUAUAUCUUGAUCGAGAUAACUUCUGGGCCACCUUUGCUGUGCAUCUCUCUUUCGGUUUGUCCUGUUUCAUUGUAUCUGCGUAUGUAAUCUAUCGAAAGGAGAAGCCUUUCAUUAACAAAAUCAUACAUUUCCGCGAGCAUGCUGAUUGAAUCUGCUACACAUCGAAGGUUGUGACAUCACGAUAGAAAAUCAGUGCUGCAGAACAAUAUUUGUAUCAGUUGUAGCUGACAUUAGUAAUUGAACUGUAACAAUGUAAGUUAGUUUAUUACCUACCAAUUUCAUGAUUUAGUGUUGUGACA